CAAGGAAGACAGAGGAAUUGUUUAGUCUGCAGAUUUGUUCUCUAGAGAGCGUGGCCAGUAGUCGGCUCCCGCCCCGUCUUAGCCUCUCUCUCUCCCUCUUUCUUUCUCUCUUUCUCUCUCUCUCUCUCUCUCUCUCUCUCUCUCCCCUCCUUCCUCUCCCUCUCUCUCUCUCUCUCUCUUUUUCUCUCUGUGGGAAGUCUCUGGAAGACGAGGGAGAGAGAAGAAGCCGCUGAGCAGCCAUAGCCAUGGCUCUCCGAACUCUUGCCUCACGUGUGGCCACUGGCGUGCGCUGCCAUUACCGGCAGUCCCUUGUAUCAUCAUCUUCUUCUUCUUCGGGUUCAGCGCGACUUCUGCUGCCUCUCCUCCGUGGCUUUUCCUCGACGAUUACUGAGGCGGACUGCAAGUUCCUUAAGUCCCAUGAAUAUGUCUCCAUCGACGAUAAGAUCGGGACGGUUGGGAUCUCGGACUUUGCACAGGUUCUCUCAUGAGGAUAUUCUCGAUCGCCGCAAGCUUCGACGUUAAAGAAAUUUUGUUGUCCAACCUCCCGCAUACUUCUAUCCUUAAGGGCGACUGGUGGUGGGUACACCGAUUUUUGAAACAACCCGCUCAGUCAAUCCUCUGAAUCAAUGCUGGCAGGAUCU